AUGACGGUGAGGCGGGACACGGUGAGUGUGGUUAUGACGGUGAGGCGGGACACGGUGAGUGUGGUUAUGAUGGUGAGGCGGGACACGGUGAGUGUGGUUAUGAUGGUGAGGCGGGACACGGUGAGUGUGGUUAUGAUGGUGAGACGGGACACGGUGAGCGUGGUUAUAACGGUGAGUGUGGUUAUGAUGGUGAGUGUGGUUAUGAUGGUGAGGCGGGACACGGUGAGCGUGGUUAUGAUGGUGAGGCGGGACACGGUGAGCGUGGUUAUGACGGUGAGCGUGGUUAUGACGGUGAGUGUGGUUAUGAUGGUGAGACGGGACACGGUGAGCGUGGUUAUGACGGUGAGUGUGGUUAUGAUGGUGAGGCGGGACACGGUGAGCGUGGUGAUGACGGUGAGGCGGGACACGGUGAGUGUGGUUAUGAGGUGA